AUGGCUGACCCCCGCGUUGAAGAGCUCCCCGAGGAGGAGACCAAGAAGCCGACCGUCGAGGAGCUGGACGAAUCCUCAAGCGAUGAGUCGGAGAACGAGGCCGAAGCUGGUGAUGCCAGCAUUCCCGCUGGCUCGACGACCGUGAUCCACUCACGCAACGAGAAGAAGGCCCGCAAGGCCAUGGAGAAGCUGCACCUCACCCGCGUGCAGGGCAUCACCCGUGUUACUCUCCGCCGACCUAAGAACAUCCUCUUCGUGAUUAACAAUCCCGAGGUGUACAAGUCUCCUAACAGCAACACGUACAUUGUCUUCGGUGAGGCCAAGAUCGAGGACCUCAACGCCAGUGCCCAGGCUGCUGCCGCCCAGCAAUUGGCUAGCCAGACUGCUGAGCACGACCACGCCGGCCAUGCCCACGACCACAAGCAGGAGGCUGCCAAGGAGGAAGAAGAGGACGAUGGCGAGGAGGUGGACGCCGAAGGCAUUGAGGACAAGGACAUCGAGCUCGUGAUGACCCAAGCCAACGUCUCCCGGAAGAAGGCGAUCAAGGCGCUAAAAGAAAACGACAAUGACAUACGAAGCACAGCUCUCAAGGUCGACUGGGCCAAGAUCACGACGUCGCUCGGCCUGCGCGGCCAGACUGUGGCCGGGUUGCAGGCCUUCAAGAAGCGCCACGACGACGCCCGCCGCAAGGUGCAACUGCUCUCGGAACAGCCCACCAAGGUCGACUUUGCCCACUACCGCAGCGUGCUCAAGAACCAAGCCGUCGUCGACGAGAUCGAGAGGCGCUUCAAUGCCUUCCAGCCCGCCACCUACGACCUUUCCCGCCAGCUGAAGGCUAUCGAGGCCUUUGAGGUGGAGGCCAUCAAGAACGCCGAGGCCACUAAGCAGAAGGUCGACCUCGAACUCAGGGACUUGGAGAAGACGCUGAAGAACAUCGAGUCGGCCCGGCCGUUCGAUCAGCUCACUGUCGACGACGUCGCCGCUGCCGAGCCGAGCAUCGACGAGAAGACCACCCAGCUCGUCUCCAAGGGCCGCUGGUCCGUGCCAGGGUACAAGGAGAAAUUCGGCGACCUCUCUUUGCUAUAA